GCCUUCUCACUACAACCAGCACUACUUGGAAGCCGCAGUCACAAGCAGCAUCCCAUGCCUUCACCUGCUUCGGAGUAAACACGCGUCCGUCAGUUCGCCCGCUCACUGAAGCAGCCAGGAAGGUAGGAGUACUGAGGCGUCCAGGUAAACAUGCUGGAAAACGGGAGGAAAGUGUUCAAGGAGGGUCUGCUGGAGAAACGGAGCGACGGGCUGCUGCAGCUCUGGAAGAAAAAGCACUGCGUCCUGACCGAGGACGGCGUGCUGCUGCUGCCGCCCAAACAACAUGACCACCAGCAGCACCACGGCGGCGGGGACGCGGGCAAAGUCAAGGAGCUGCACUUCGCCAACAUGAAGACGGUGGACUGCGUGGAGCGGAAGGGGAAGUACGUGUACUUUACGGUGGUCAUGACGGAGGGGAAGGAGAUCGACUUUAGGUGCCCGCAGGACGAGGGCUGGAACGCGGAGAUCACCUUGCAGAUGGUCCAGUACAAAAAUCGGCAGGCGAUCCUGGCCGUCAAGUCCACCCGGCAGAAGCAGCAGCUGCUCGUCGUGCAGAUGCCCGGACAAAAGACCGUGCGCAGCUCUCCGAACGUAGCGUGACCUGCGGCGAGUCCCCCGGACACUGGUGCACCAUUUGCGGUUAACUGGACACUCAGCUGGAGGAUGAACCUGAACCUGAGCUGCAUCUCCCCCUGCCGCUUCUCCGCCGAGCCUUCAUCCUCCAGGAAAACCCCUCUUCCAUGUAGUGGUUUCCACAGACCGGCGCCUCGUCCCUUUUCAGUACAGAGACUUAUUUCACAAAAGACUCAUGGACAAAAAGCAUGUGAGAAAAACAGCUGUACUCUACCGUGCAAUGGGUUUCUCUCUUAUUUAUUAGAAGUGUAUAUAUAUUUUCUAUAAAAAUGUUAUGAUGUUGAUAAACGGGAGAGGAAGAAGUGGCUCUCGGAGCCUACAAGGCCACUGGAAAUAAGCUUGCAUAUAUCUUAGGAUGGUUACUGUAGGUUAGCCAAACCAGUCCAUUAUUCAUAAAAUAUGUCCUCGUCCAUCAUUUCAUUUUUCAGCUGAACCAAAGAACCAUUUCAUAACAUUUGUUUUUCUCUUGUGCAGUGUUAUAACUCACAAUACUGAAGAUCCAUAGAGAUGAGAUACCUGCUCAGUAUAUACAAACUUUAUUUUAUGCUCUUCAUUUGUAUAGUGACAGUAUAUCUGAGUAUUUUGACUGUAACUUUUUUUUUUUUUUGCUGCAUUCAUAGAUACAGAGGCUGUCUGAUAUCUUGCUGUUUGUGAGUCUUAAAACUGAAGAAGAUACUAGCUUAUUACACUCAGUUGGUGUUUCAGUGGUUACAGAGUGGAGUAGCAGCAGGCAAAGUGCCAGCGCAGCUCAGUUUUCUGUUAAGAUAACAGUUUUCAGAACCUGAGCUGCUCUAAAGACAGUUUCAGCGGUUGUGUUAAAUCUUUUGUGGCAAAGUAACAUCUGACUGAAACCCAGAAGGGAAAGAAAAGUUCUUUGGAGUUUACUGUCCCGCUAGAGACUAAGUUAACUAACUUGCCUCCUGCCAUUUGGCAUCAAGCUAAUAUGGCUGAUGAUCAGUAAGUGUUACCAACUUGGUGACUUUUCAGACCCCAUAACAAGUUUUUUUUUUUUUUCUUUGCCCCAAAAAGUGACUAGCAAGAAAUUUAUCUAAAUUUUCGCUGACUUUUGGAGAGUGCCCGGAAAGCUGAAAUCCUCUGCUGAUGCCCUGUUUUGCAUACAUACAGCACUCGUACCGCAUCCUUUUGUACGCUUCAGCAUCUCCGGGACCUCUAGCGACUUUUGAGACAGCCGACAGCGAGUUUUCUUACACUAAACUUGGCAACAGUGUGAACAGUAGCCUAGCUAGAUAAGCUUCUAGCAGAUACAGUGUUACAUAUUUACAUAUUGUUUCUCUAGUGUUCAUUUUGCAUGACAAAAUGUGGCAUUUAGGCCCGGAAGGGUUUGUAAAAGAAAAAAAUAAGUUUUUGCCAGAGUCUUUGGUGACAGCAGCGAACAUUUACCACGACCACUGAGAUGUUUCUGUCUCUGUAGCAGCUCUGCCUCUGAGAACUGUUUGUAAAACUAUAACCCUCAUUUAGAAAGCUUUUUAAUAGACAUGAGAUGUGAAAGCAAACAGACUGAUACUUCCAAAUGGUGUGGUACAAGGCAACAUUUACAGGAACCUGCUGGGUAACGGUCUCUGAAAUUUCUUUUAUUGGUUUUUAUGAUGGAGGAAUAUCGUGCUGUCAGGAAACGUUAUAUCUCACUGUGGCUCAUAUCGUUUCCUGUUAGCCGGCAGUUUCGCACUGCUUUCCCCACUUGCCAGUGUAUCACCGGCAGACCAGCACAUGCCUCCGUGUUGUUGUCAUCUCCCACACAGGGUCACAGCUUUGCCCUUUAUCUAAUGCGACUGGUGUGAUGCUUCUCUGACAUUCCUUCCUGUUGCCAUCAUUACACACACAGUUAUAGCUGUGCCCUUUGUAGCCACUGUUCAAUUUCUUAUUUCAACGUGAGAUCUAUUUUCAUACCUCGAAAGAUACAUUCCAUUAAAAACAAAAAAAACAAAAUCA